UUUUACGGCCACUACCGGGAACUGGAAGCUCCCCCGACAGCCGCUUUUGUUAUUUCCGAGCAUCCCUUGAAGUGCUUUCGUCUAGCGACGCGACGUCUGGACGCUGGGCUGUUUCUCCCCGCCACGGUUUUCUUCUUCCCUGCCCACCUGAAGAUGUUUCCAUUUAGCCUCCGGGUUCCCCUGGCUGGGCCGCCUUGUCAGGUGGCAUCCCCAUGUGUUUAGGUUCUUGCAACAGCACUCACACCGCCUUCCUCUCAUCCCAACUGGAGCUCCAUGCACCACUUCUUUUGUCAUCAUGUCCCCUGCAUCGGCCGCGGCUGCCAGUGAAAGCAGCACCUGCACCGUUGCCUCCGAAGGGGAGCCCGAGCCAGAGCAGGACAGCCCCAGACUUGAGCUACGUCCUCAGAAGCAGUCCCUGCUGAAAUCCUUGUGUCAGGAGACUCACUGGAAAUGCCUACUGCUCUCUUUGCUCAUGUAUGGCUGCGUUGGAGCCAUGGCUUGGUGCCAGGUGACCACUGUCACGCGCCUCUCCUUUGACAGCGCUUACAAGGGCAAGUCCAUGAUGUACCACGACAGUCCUUGCUCCAAUGGCUACAUCUACAUACCUCUUGCCUUCUUGGUUAUGCUCUACGUGGUCUACCUGGUGGAGUGCUGGCACUGCUACACCAGGAACGAGAUGCAGUACAAAGUUGACGUGGAAAACGUAGCCGACCGAGUCCAGAGGAUGAUGCAUGCCACGCCAUGCAUUUGGUGGAAGGCCAUCAGCUAUCAUUAUGUGAGGAGGACCCGGCAAGUGACACGCUAUCGGAAUGGAGACGCGUACACCACCACCCAGGUUUACCACGAACGGGUUAACACGCACGUGGCUGAAGCAGAGUUUGACUUCGGGAAUUGCGGAGUGAAGGACAUCUCAAAGCACCUUCAGGGCCUGGAAUGCUUCGCUAUUACCAAGCUGAGGUUCACCAAGUGCUUCAGCUUUGCCAACGUGGAGUCAGAGAACUCUUACCUAACGCAGCGGGCCAGGUUCUUUACAGAGAACGAAGGCCUGGAUGACUACAUGGAAGCCCGUGAGGGAAUGCACCUGAAAAAUGUAGACUUUAAGGAAUACAUGAUUGCCUUCACUGACCCACAUCAACUUCCCUGGUACGCAUUGCAUUCAACUUUCUGGACAGCGGCUGCUCUGACUCUCUCCUGGCCUUUACGAGUGCUGACCGAGUACCGAACUGCCUGUGUCCACUACCAUGUAGAGAAGCUCUUUGGAUUUGACUAUGUGCCGGCGACGCCUUCUGAAGAGCGUCCUUACUGCAGGCACAUUCCACGAGUCAACACAAUCGACAGCACAGAGCUGGAGUGGCAUAUCCGCUCCAACCAGCAACUAGUGCCUAGCUACUCUGAAGCGGUUCUCAUGGACCUGGCCCAGCUGUCAGGCAACUGCCAGAACUACUCUGUUUGUCAUCGCUAUGGCAGCUACAGGCAGAACUGCCAGCGAUGCCACCGCGCCAUCAGCAACUCGUCAAUCUUCUCUCGCAGCGCUCUAAGCAUCUGCAACACUGCGAGCCCGCGCCUGCCCUUCAGUGCUAGUCGCUUCUCGUUAGGACGGCUCUACGGCUCCAGGCGGAGCUGCCUGUGGAGGAGCAGCGGGAGCCUGAACGAGCCCACGAUUCGCCCUACGGAGAGCACGCGCUGCCUAUCGGGCCAGCAGAACGGGGAAGAGAGCCCUCCAGCAUACCAGGAUGCACUCUACUUUCCCGUUCUCAUUGUCCACAACAACGAAGGCUGCCUCAACCACGACCAUCGCUCCUUGCACAGAAACGGUUCUUGCGUGGAGACUUCGCUAUGACCCUCAAGCAGCAUUAUGAAGGAAAAGAGAAGGGAUGGAAACCACUUACAACCUUUUUUUUGGGACAGAUACAGUGGCUUUAACAAGCCUUUUAGCCAGAUGUAAAGACAAUAAACUGAAAAUACAUAUGACAAAAGAGCUUGACACUAAUUGCUCUAAAGUUGGGAUGUUUGUGCGUCAAUGUCAUUGAAAAAAGCUGAUACUGGCAAUGUUUUAAAGACCAAAUGUGAAGUAGGGUUGGCCAACUACGUUUUUGAAUAAUAUCAAUGGCUAAACAAUUAAAAGCAUAUUUUCGUUAUUUUUUUUUUUUUUUUACGCAACCCUUCCAGAUUCUUUGUUUAACCCAUAGCAACGCCCUUGACAACGAAAAUGCUUUUCUCCGACAAGCUUCGGAACUCUUCGGAAAUGACGUCACACAGAGAACUGCGAGGGAAGUCCGCCAUAGAACAGUAUUGUUGUAUUGCUUCUCGGUAAGAUGCCACGGCGGUGUGUGGCGAUGUUUUGUUCUCACUCAAACGAAAAGUUGUAUGAGUGGCCAAAGGAUAGCAGGGCACAUAAAUGGACAUCUUUCGUUCGCACGAAGCGAAUGAAUUUCAUGCCAUCAUCGAGUAGUGUUCUCUGCUACAAACACUUCGAAGAUGCCUGCUUCCUCAACCGGUCUGCUUAUGAUCAAGGAUUUGCAAAAAAGUGUGAUUUUUGGAUAGAUGACUGAUGACUUUGUCAAAGCAGGGAUGCCAACGGUUGUGGAAUGAACAGUAGAAGGUAGCGACGUUAGCCGAAAGGUAACUCGAGGCAAAACCCCGAUCGUGUUGUGGAAUGAACAGUAGAAGCUAACUCGUGUCAAUCCCCGAUCAUAGUUGUAUUGAGUUCAUUUUGCCUACACUUAUAAAUUCGUCAAAACUUUUCUUUUAUCCCAGGCAAUAG